AUGAUAUCUGUGAAGGUCAGUGAGAAAUACCUGAUCCAGAAUGAAGUGAAGAAAAUGAAGGAGAGGGAAGCCCAAAUGGAGCAGGAACUAAAUGAUAUUAGAGUAAGUCAGGAAAAUGCUGACAAGGAUCACAGCGAAAAUCUAAUCAAACUGGAGAACAAGUUCUCUGAGGAGAAGAUAUGUCUGGAGAGGGAAGCACUGGAACAAUACAAUCAACAGAUAGCGCUGUUAAAGCAGGAACACUGUGAAGCCUUUGCGCAGUUGGAAAGAGCCUUCCAAACAGAGUAUGAUGUCCAAAGCAGCAAUCUGAAAAAUUCCAUAACGAAGAAAAAAGACCUGGAGAAAUUGAUACGCUCAGUGUUUAGUGAAAACAUCAUACUGGGACGACAGAAGAAAAUGCUCGAGUCAACGGUAAAGAACAAAGCCACUGAGAUAAAGGUGAAAAAUCAAAAUAUUUCUGAACUUAUGGCCAAGGUUGGUUCUAUGGAGAAAACCUUGGAACAAGAGGAUGUGAAACUUGAGCAGAUGGACAAGAAGAAGAUCCAUCUGGUUUCCAUUCAGGACAGCCAGCUAGAGAUAGAGAAAAUCCAGAAGGUUCUCACAGAGCAGGAGAAGGAAAUGCAACAUGUGAAGCAGCUGGUAAGCAUCCUUGUAAAGAAACACAGAGAGAUGGAGAAGUUCUUCCAUGAGGCGCUGGAUCACGUGAGGCAAGAGAUCACCACCAAAAGCCUGAGAUACAAAAAGGAGGCAUUGCAGGAUUAUCGUAGAAGUUUUAGGGAAGCCACUGCAGGAACGACAAAGUUUCCACCCAUCCGGACCUUCCGUGAAAGUCCUCACAGUACCAACUCCGUCUACUCAGACAUGAAAUCAGCUGCAAAAUGGUAGUUCUCCAUUACUUUUACUGCUGUGGUUGAAUAUGUGUUAUUUUAAUACCUCUUUAUUUAUUAAAGCUACUUCCAGCAUAUUUAAAAGUAGAUUCUACUCAUUGUAGUUCAUCUUGCUGCUGUGUAUUCUGGAUAAGUACAUGAACAUCAACAGGUUGAGGGUUUGGAUUUCUGUUGUUUGAAGGUCUCAGGUCCCAGACAGUGAAGUUCAGCUCUCAGAUCUGACUUGGGAGCAGAAGGAACAAGUGCUGCAACUUAUCUUUGCUACAAUGAAUGGAGAGAAGGAAAGGUAAUAAAGCAUCUUUGUAACUGUAAUUAGUCCUGGCAGUAACCCCUCCUGGUUGCCUAAAAUGGACUUAAAUUACUGUGAAGAGCAAUGGCCAGUGACACUGUACAGAUAGUCCCAUCUGACCACUUGUGAUUAGAAAACAGCUGUCACAUGAUUUUCAGGAAGGAGUAUGUUCAGCAUCUAGAUGUGUGACAUAAGGCAGGCAAGACGACAAGUACCUUCAGAUUUGCAGUAGAAAGAG